CCGGUCCUGCCAGCGUGGGCCGCCGCCGCCGCCGCCGCCGCCCGUCGGUGGGUCGCCGGGAGGCGGGGAAAGAGGAGGUUCCCGGCGGGCUGGGCCCCCUCCGCCCCGCUGGCCGGCGGUGGGGGAGCCCGGGCUAUGCCCCGGUGCCCGGCGGGGCGAUGGAGGGCGAGCCGGCGGGCGGCGGAGGCGGGCGGGCCCUGACGGACGACGAGAUGGCGGCGCUGGGCAAGGAGGAGCUGGUGCGGCGGCUGCGGCGGGAGGAGACGGAGAAGCUGGCGGCGCUGGUGCAGCGGGGCCGGCUGAUCCAGGAGGUCAACCGCCAGCUGCAGGGCCACCUCCUGGAGAUCCGCGAGCUCAAGCAGGUCAACCGGCGGCUGCAGGACGAGAACCGCGAGCUGCGCGACCUGUGCUGCUUCCUGGACAACGACCGGCAGAAGGGCAAGCGCGUGGCCCGCGAGUGGCAGCUGUUCGGGACCCAGGCGUCCCGGGCGGUGCGCGACGACCUGGGCGGCUGCUGGCAGAAGCUGGCCGAGCUGGAGGGGCGCCAGGAGGAGCUGCUGCGGGAGAACCUGGCCCUCAAGGAGCUGUGCCUGGCCCUGGAGGAGGAGUGGGCCCCGCGCGGCGACGCCAGCCCCGGGGGCGCCGCCCCCUCCGAGCUGGGCCUGCCGCCCUGCGGGCCCCGGGACCUGGGCGACGGCAGCUCCAGCACGGGCAGCGUGGGCAGCCCCGACCAGCCCCACCUGGCCUGCUCCCCGGACGACUGACUCGCCCUGCCCGGCCCCCCUCGCCCUCAGCGCCCUUGCCCGUCGCUUGGGACGGAGCCCCAAGCGCCGGGAGCGCUCAAUAAAUACGAUUCAAUGAAC